AUGAAGAAGUGCGUGCGCUGGUCAACCGUCACUGUGUAUGAGUUUGGAGUGGGUUUGGGAGGUAGCGCAGUGCCGAAACACGGCGGGCCGUCCAUCGGACUAGCGAGCAAGCCGCGCUGUGUAUGGAGCACCCCACUUGACGACGCCUCCUUGGCGGAGCGCGACGACGUAUUAGAGGUGGACGAGGCGAUGCACUCCCCGCCAAGGACGACGAAGAGUGACGGCAAGAAGGCGAAGAGUGACAAGCCCAAGCGCACCCAGAGACGCCGCAAGGUGCGCUGGCUCAAGCCGCUGGAGCGCGUGACGAUGCUCACCAAGGCCGGAUGUAGCGAGAAGCGCAUCUACCGCAUGAUGAUGGAGUCGUCCGAGAUCGCCAUGUCCAGACGUCUCACGCUGCGAGUGCUGAACAUUUAG